CCCUUUCCUUCGCUUCUCAACCUUCGCAACGCCAUGAAGCCCAGUCCGGGCGACUCGAUAUCGCCGCUGGUAGCCCUGCUACAUCCAGAGCUGAGAGCACUGGGUCAGAGAGAUGGAGCUCCAUCGAUCACCAUCAUCAAGGAGACGGCAUUACAGUCUGCCGCUCCUGUUGUAGAUGAGAUGCAGCGUAGCUCAGAGGAUUGCGUUGUGCUCUCGUCCGGCGAGGGCAGGGUAGCUCAUCGCGCCUCGCCGGCUUCAAGCAGCGUAAUACUGGUCGAGGAUGACGAUUACGUACAAGCUGGACCUUCCUCAGCGAAAGACCACUGGCAGCAGCUUCAAGCGCAGGUCGAGUCUGCAGUGCGAGACAAGCCCAUCACCGUCAUCAUCGACUCGCUGGACGGGCUACUGGACAGAAGCAGCGCGCAUGAUCCAGUCAAAGUCAUAUACCGCCACUUGCAGCGCCUCAUUGCUUCCCUGCCUACCUCAUCGCGGCUCGUCCUCACCGUCUGCACCAGCUCACCCUCGUCCUUCGCACCGAUCGACUCUUCCCGGCUCAUGGACCUUCUUGCUUCUUCACCCUUCCAAUACCGAGGACCAGACGAUGGCUCAAGCAGCACAUCUUGCCCAGUCCAGACCGUCACGCUUCAUCCGCCCUCUCUCUGGCGUCAUCUGCUCCGCGAGUACGGCACGGCACUCCGUCCAGCCUCCACCCUGGCCAAGUUGGCUCAACAGCUGCGGGACCUUUCCUCGCCUACGGAGAGCGAGGCUGCUGCUGCUAGGGCGGCGGCUUCUGCCCUUGCUGGGCGACGUGGGCAGGCUGCGCGCACGGGGAAGGCCUCGAGCUCGAGCUCAAGCUCACGGCGCAGAGAUGUUGCUUCGGUGCGCGAAGAGCAACACGCUACGGCCGCAGCUGAAGCGGCGGCUCGCGCGCAGCUUGAGGCGCUUGAUGAGGAUGUCGCAGAGCUCUUUAGCAACGAAAUGCAGACGGACCCACGCUUGUGGUCUAUCUUGACGCAUCUUGCUGCUCGUGCUGAUUUGGGGUCAGCCUCUUGGCUGCUCAACGACGUUGGGCAGGACGGGAGCAGUCUGCUGGAGGGGGAGCACAUCGAGGCGCUGCGGGCGAGCAUCUGCGGCAGCGAUACCAACAGGCAGAAGGCCUCUCCAGGGUGGGACCCGGUCGAGUCACGCAUCACGCUUCGCGACUUGUUAGGCAAGGAGCGAGCUGCGAGUAAGGCAACCAAGCGCACCGCGAAGGGCUCCCGGUCGUCGAGUCAACACGACAGCAACGGCGACGAGGGGCGAGGAUGGGCCAUCUUGAUCUCACAACAUCGCCUCCCUGGCGGCAAAUUUGGAGAAGAAGCCCUCGGCGUGCGGCAGCGCUUGCACGGCGGCGGUCUUUCGCUUGUGCCCCUGGACAUGGGCGAUCAUCGCUCGCUUCGUGAAGCGGAAAAGAACACCGAAGGGGAUGCGCACGCCUCUCUGGUGUCAUCGCUGCCUUUCAACUUGUCGCUCACCUCGUCACAAAGAGAGAGGAGAGACGAUGUGGCUCUGCCCUUUGUGCCUACUGAUCGCAUCUACGAGGGCUACGAACGUGAGGAAGGAGGUCAUGGCGGGGAGGAAGGAGUAGGGCUGAGGAGAGGGACGACUGGGCAGAGUACCAUCUACUUUGAUCCGGAGAGUGGGGAUGAGGAGGAUGAUGAGGAUCCGGACGAUUUCUAGGCGUGCUGUGGGCAACAUCUUGCCAAGUAAUGGAUUGAAUCUCAAUCUUCUACAUUGUCAUUCGUCUGCCUUAAUGUGAGGCAUCUAGACCAUCCUGUGAGCAUUCUUGUCGCCUUCGGCUUCCUUCAUGAACUGCUUGAUGAAGGACUCCUCCUCGCUGCGAGGG